UAUCAUAUUUACACACCAUGAAGUUCAUUGUUGAAGGUAUAUAUAAGUAUAGCUCUCGUCAGUCAAGAAAAACAAGAUGAAACUAAAAGCAGUUGUCAUACAGUGUAAAGGAAGUGAAGAAAGUUAAGUUUUUGGCCAAAUGUUUAUGUUAUUUGUAAGAUAGACAGUGGAUCGGAAAUUGAUAGUUGAUGUUGAUUAAGUCUUGAAACGGAAAACGUCCAAUUGUGAUCAAGCGGCGAUGGUGUAAAGUUUAAAACCAUGGAUAAACAAAGCUGACACAUGACAAGUGAAAUAUGGUUGCUGUGAGGUACAAGAAACGAUUUGUGAUAGCACCCUUCAUGUUGUUCUCGCUGUAUUUUAUAGCCACUGACAUGAUUCCUGUAGAUACAACAUUCGGCUGGAUAUAUCUUCAGUCGGAUAUUACGAACACUUCAUUAUAUCGAACUAGGACUCUACACUCGAACGAUGGUAGAUGCACUUUAAGAGACAGUACACGAUUCAAACGUCGCUCAGUAGAUUUAAGAAUAAUUGUGAUCACAUAUGACAGAUAUAAUUCGUUACUAAGGUUACUCAAAUCUCUAGAGAGAUCAUAUUAUGGCGGAGAUAGGGUGGUGAUUGAUAUAUGGUUAGAUAGGUCAAAGUUACAGCUAGUUCAUAAUGAAACUCUACGCACAGCUUUAGAUUUUAAGUUUAACAAAGGAAGAUGUAAUGUGUUUGUUCAUCCAAAACAUGUUGGCAUUACAGGGCAGUGGCUGUCGACAUGGUCCCCUUUAUCAAAUUCAUCCGAAAUAGCUGUGAUACUAGAGGACGAUUUGACAGUGUCUCCACACUUUUAUAGGUACUUAAAACUCGUGCAUCAAAAGUACAGUCAUAAACAGGAUAUAUACGGGUUUUCUCUACAAGGGAAAAAUAUGAGACAUAGUGAUGGAGAAUGUUGUCUAAAAGUGCCACUUGAGCAUAAAGUAUUUCUUUAUCCGACUCUUGGAACAUCCGGGUUCUCUCCUAAUACUCGAAAUUGGUUGCAAUUUCAAGCGUGGCUCAAAAAAAUCGUGCACGAAAAAAUAAAUGUGGUUCCGUUUAUAGAAAACAACGUGGCAGUAAGAUGGUACAAUACAUUGAAAACCCAAGGGAAGGCGGAUUCUAUGUGGGAAAUGGAAUAUUUGUUCUAUACUCAAAUCCAGAACGAAUUUACCCUCUAUCCAAAUUUUCCAGGUAACCGGGGAUUCACAUUCAAUUGGUUUGAAGAUGGUCUUCAUUCAACCGGAGUUAAAAUAGAAAGUCACGAAAUGGAGUACAACAACCUAGUGAUGGAAUGGUCUUUAGAUCGUGGUCAAUUACCAAAUAUUCCUUUAUAUAUUGACAACAGUGGUAAAGUUAUCAAAUAGUGACUAGGCUUUACAACAAUAUAUGUCUUAAUCUCAGAAGGUGGUAAAAGUCAAACUUAAAAUAGGUUACCCAAUGUUGUGGUAACCUCAUCCAAGUGUAGUACAAAGAUGAAUUCCAGAUUGUGACAUCAUCUGUACACAUUGUUUCAUCAUAAUUGUACACAAUUGUUGUAUCAUAUGUGUACAUGUUGACAUAUUGUUCCAUCAUUUGCGUACAAAUUGUUCCAUCAUGUGUAUACACAUUGUUUCAUUAUUUGUUUACACAUUGUUUCAUCAUGUGUGUACAGAUUGUUCCAUCAUGUAUAAACAUAUUGUUCCGUCAUGUGUGUACACAUUGUUCCAUCAUUUGUGUACACAUUGUUUCAUCGUGUAUGUACAGAUUGUUCCAUCAUAUAUAAACAUAUUGUUCCGUCAUGUGUGUACGAUUAAUCAAUCAUUUACAUACAGAUUGUUCCAUUAAAUGCGUACAGAUUUUUAUAUCAUGUGUGUACAGAUAGUUCCAAGAUUUGUGUACGCUAUUUUAAAUGGCAUGUGUAAUGUUGACUUUCUUGUUUAGAAUAUGUUACCGUUUUAAUACGUUAGAACAAUUCGAAAUCGAGGCUAUUUAAUUAAUGUAGAUUUAAUACUGAAUUCAUUGAACGAGUUAAAUAAAAUUAUAGUAUUCGAGCCUCUGGCGACCAUGCUAUUAUUUUAUUCAACGAGUUCAAUAGAUAUACUAACGAAGCUACAUGAAUAUAAUAUUUUAUUAUCAAAAAUACUUGUAUACGAACUGUAUACGGUAAAAUGAAUCGCCUUUUCAUUGACGCGCUUAUAAUACAGCGCUGACAUUGAGCGCGUCUUUACGCUUUACGCUAUGAUUGUCUUACGCAGAUGACGUCACGUCAAAACCGAUUUCACGGUCUAUGUGAUAAACAUACUUAUUACAACUUUUCAUUCUAUUUGAAUUUAAUUCAACAUUAGUAUAUUAGUAUUGUCAUUUAAACUAUUUUUGUGUGGAUAGAUCUAUGUACUUUUUAUUUGUGGAUAUGUAUUUUCGUAUUUUCUUACUUAACAUGAAAUUAAUACGUAAACACUUCAGAACGAUGUAUAAACUAUUUUGCCUGAUUCUGUUAAAGUUAACUUUUUAUAAAAGUCAUAUGAGUUGCUAUAUUUGCAUGAUGUUAGCUUUAAACGUGUUUAUUUAUUGUGUAUGUGUUUUUAACAAUAGAAAAAAAUAA